CUUCUUCCUCUUCUGUGCGUGUGUGUGUUGCCCUGUUGAGUUGAAGGGGCUCUACGUGACUGAAAGAGAGGGGCCAGCACUUCAGAUCGGAGGCGCAGCGGUGCAGGACAGUUCAGAAGCGCAGAGAGGAGAGGAGUACGGGAGAGACGGUGGCCGUCCGUCAACCAGCUGGGGGAAAACACACACUAACAAACCCUUAUGGCUGCUUGAGAAAUAACGAUAUACCCCCCCUCCCCCCUUUUUUUCUCUGGGACUUUUUUGGCUUUUAGUUUUUUUUUUAUUGUCCUGACCAGAAGUUUUUGCAAGUCUAAUUAGCUGUUGAAAAAGUGAAUCCACUUUGCCGUGGACGUCUCUGGCGGUCAUGGAUACCCAUAUAAGAUGGAAAGUUAAACGGAGGAUAAGGGACGUCCAAAUCACUUUAUCCGUGAUUCUCCUUUUUAUCACGUCGCAAGCGAGCUCAGUGGAACCAGCAGACCUCUUGAAGAUUUUAGAUUUUCACAGUUUACCCGAAGGUGUUACGAAAACAACGGGAUUGUGCUCACAUAGAAGGUCAUCACAAGGACCCGAUGUGGCUUACAGAGUAUCCAAAGAUGCCCAGCUCAGUGCCCCCACCAAACAGCUGUACCCAGGUGAUGUCUUCCCUGAGGACUUUUCCAUCAUGGCCACAGUGAAGCCUAAGAAGGGCAGCCAGUCCUUCCUGUUGUCUCUGUACAAUGAACAGGGCAUCCAGCAGCUUGGUCUAGAAGUGGGCCGCUCUCCAGUCUUCCUGUAUGAGGACCACACAGGCAGACCCAGCCCUGAGGACUACCCCCUCUUCAGAGGAGUCAACCUAGCCGACGGAAAGUGGCAUCGAGUGGCCAUCAGCGUGCACAAGCAGACCAUCACCCUCAUUCUGGACUGUAAAAAGAAGACCACACAGAAGUUACUCCGAAGUCCCCAACCAGUCAUUGAUACCAAAGGAAUUAUAGUGUUUGGAACAAGAAUACUUGAUGAAGAAGUCUUUGAGGGAGACAUCCAGCAGCUAAUGAUUGUAGCAGACCAUCGUGCUGCCUAUGACUACUGUGAGCACUACAGCCCUGAUUGUGAAGUGCCAUCCCCUGACCAGCCACAGAACCAGGACCCCGGCACAGACAACACUAAGAAAGAGGAGGACAGCUACUAUUAUGAAUACCCUUACUACGAUGAUUUGGAAAAGCCUUAUGACUCAACUCUUGAUUCUGAGACAACUGAGACAACCACAAAAGAGGAGACAGAAGGGGACAGUCUGAUCACAGGGGGUGAGAUUUUGAAAGGCAGUUCUACUGGCACCGACUGGACCUCCAUCUCCACCGGCUCAUCCUCUCGCUCAUCCAGCAGCUCUUCAAGUACUGACACCGGAGGAGGAGAAGAUGAUUACGCAUUGGGGGUCACGUACGGCACCUAUGAGGGCUAUGACGACUACUAUGACUCCACGUCUGCACCUGGUGGCGUUGAUACCUCUCGAAGUGUCACCAUCACCGGCAUCGGCACUGGGGGCGAGCUGGACCUGGGAGCAGGGGGAAGGGUUGAUUUGAAUGCCGGGACUGGAACGAGGGUCAUCACCACUGGUGAAAGGACUACAGUCACAAUCUCCAGCAACAAAACAUCAGCAGGAGCCUCCCACGAUGACUACGGAUCCUACGGAUAUGACGACUAUGACUUUGACAGGACCCACACCAUUGAUGGAGAUGGCAGCAGCAGCAGCAGUACAAUAAACAUUGGAGGUGGAGGCAGCAGCAGCAGCAGUACUCUGAACAUUGGAGGUGGAGGCAGCAGCAGAAGCACUACUGUGCAUGUCAGUGGUGGAGGUGGUGGCAGCAGCAGCAGCAGUACUCUGAACAUUGGAGGUGGAGGCAGCAGCAGCAGCAGCAGCAGCAGUAGCACUACUGUGCACGUCAGUGGUGGAGGUGGUGGUAGCAGCAGCAGCAGUUCCACCAUCACUCUCGGGGGUGGAGGAAGUUCCGUGUCAGUGGGAGGCGGCUCAGCCAGCGCAGGCACCGGAAACCGAGGGUCCAUCGCCACCGGCACUGGCCUGGAUGUGGAUGCCUAUGAUUACACGGAAGGGUUCAAUCAGGAGGACCUGAAAAACUAUGACGGAGAGCUAGAUGAAACCUACGAUUACGGCACAGAGCUGCCUAACAUAGGGCUGCCCGCUAACACUCAGGAUUAUGGGCAGGGUUACGGAGCUCAUGGUGAGAAAGGACAGAAGGGAGAGCCUGCUGUUAUUGAGCCUGGAAUGUUAGUGGAAGGUCCGGCUGGGCCUGAAGGGCCAACAGGUCUCCCUGGACCCCCAGGUGCUUCCGGCCCACCAGGCAGUCCUGGAGAUUCUGGAGAGAGGGGUCUUCCAGGUCGUCCUGGUCUUCCUGGUGCUGAUGGCCUGCCAGGACCUCCUGGAACUGUCCUGAUGCUGCCUUUCAGACUCAGCGCCGGAGGUGACUCUGGGCAGAAGGGACCUGCUGUAUCAGCACAGGAGGCCCAGAUGCAAGCCAUCAUGCAGCAGGCUAGGCUGGCUAUGCGCGGUCCUACAGGGCCAAUGGGUUUGACUGGCAGACCUGGACCGCUGGGUCCUCCUGGUGUACCAGGACUGAAGGGGGAGUCUGGAGAGGCAGGACCUCAGGGACCACGUGGACCUUUGGGAACCCCUGGACCUCCUGGAAAGCCUGGUAGACGAGGUCGCUCUGGAGCUGAUGGUGCCAGGGGCAUGCCAGGACAGACUGGACCAAAGGGAGACAGAGGAUUUGAUGGUCUGGCUGGACUUCCUGGUGAAAAAGGACACAGAGGUGAACCCGGCCCCCAUGGACCUCCGGGUGGUCCUGGAGAAGAUGGAGAGAGGGGAGAUGAUGGAGAGAUCGGACCCAGGGGACUUCCUGGUGAACCAGGGCCUCGGGGUUUGCUGGGACCAAAAGGACCUCAGGGACCUCCUGGACCACCUGGCGUUACUGGAAUGGAUGGCCACCCUGGACCCAAGGGAAACAUAGGACCCCAAGGAGAGCCAGGACCUCCCGGACAGCAAGGCAACCCAGGAGCCCAGGGACUUGCAGGGCCUCAAGGACCCAUUGGACCUCCAGGAGAGAAGGGCCCGACCGGAAAGCCAGGCUUGCCAGGAAUGCCAGGAGCUGAUGGCCCUCCGGGUCACCCUGGAAAAGAGGGGCCUUCUGGAGAGAAAGGCCACAUGGGUCCUCCUGGCCCUCAAGGACCUAUUGGUUAUCCUGGGCCUCGAGGCGUGAAGGGAGCUGACGGUGUGCGUGGCCUUAAAGGACACAAGGGUGAAAAGGGAGAAGACGGCUUCCCCGGCUUCAAGGGAGAUAUGGGUAUCAAAGGCGACAGGGGAGAACUUGGACCAGCAGGACCCAGAGGUGAAGAUGGCCCCGAGGGGCCAAAGGGUCGUUCCGGGCUUCCAGGAGAUGCUGGUCCUCUUGGCCCAAGUGGUGAGAAGGGUAAACUCGGAGUUCCUGGAUUGCCAGGAUACCCAGGAAGACAAGGACCAAAGGGAUCCCAGGGUUUCCAAGGUUUCCCUGGUGCCAAUGGAGAGAAAGGAACUCGGGGAACAGCAGGAAAGCCGGGCCCACGCGGACAGAGAGGACCAACGGGGCCUCGAGGAGAGAGAGGACCAAGAGGACCGACAGGAAAAGCUGGUCCAAAGGGUAACUCAGGGAAUGACGGCCCACCGGGACCUCCCGGUGAGAGGGGAUUGCCUGGGCCUCAGGGACCAACAGGUUUCCCAGGACCAAAGGGCCCCCCUGGACCUGCAGGGAAAGACGGAUUGCCAGGACAUCCUGGACAGAGAGGAGAAACUGGAUUCCAAGGCAAAACAGGCCCUCCUGGUCCUCCAGGAGUGGUUGGACCUCAGGGACCAACAGGUGAGACUGGACAAACGGGAGAACGUGGACACCCUGGACCCCCGGGACCACCUGGUGAGCAAGGUCUGCCUGGAGCUGCAGGAAAAGAAGGAGCGAAGGGUGAUCCUGGGCCUGCUGGCCCGUCUGGUAAAGAUGGCCCACCUGGGCAAAGAGGUUUCCCUGGAGAGAGAGGUCUGCCUGGUCCUGUGGGAGCUCAUGGCCUGAAAGGGAAUGAGGGUCCUCCUGGCCCACCUGGCCCUGCUGGUUCUCCUGGUGAGCGUGGUCCUGCAGGGCCAGCAGGACCUACAGGUCUCCCAGGACGCUCUGGCCCCCAGGGACCUCCAGGCCCUGCUGGAGAGAAAGGUGGACCGGGAGAGAAAGGACCUCAAGGUCCAGCUGGAAGAGAUGGUAUUCAGGGACCUGUUGGUCUGCCAGGACCUGGAGGACCUCCUGGCCCACCUGGAGAGGACGGAGACAAGGGAGAGAUUGGAGAGCCGGGCCAGAAAGGAAGUAAGGGUGACAAAGGAGAACAUGGUCCACCCGGUCCUACUGGCCCUCAAGGACCUGUUGGAGCACCGGGUCCUGCUGGUGCAGAUGGUGAGCCUGGUCCCAGAGGUCAGCAGGGUAUGUUUGGCCAGAAAGGAGAUGAAGGAUCCAGAGGAUUCCCCGGACCUCCAGGCCCAGUUGGUCUGCAGGGCUUACCUGGUCCACCUGGCGAGAAAGGUGAAACUGGAGACGUUGGUCAAAUGGGUCCACCAGGUCCCCCUGGUCCCAGAGGUCCCUCAGGACCCCCGGGAGCCGACGGUUCUCAGGGACCUCCUGGUGGUAUUGGAAACCCUGGUGCUGUUGGAGAAAAGGGAGAUACCGGUGAAACGGGAGAGCCAGGCCCUCAGGGAGAAGUUGGCCCACCAGGUUCAAGAGGAGAACGAGGAGAGAAGGGAGAGGCUGGUCCGGCUGGUGCUGCUGGACCUCCAGGCCCUAAGGGACCCCCAGGAGAUGAUGGUCCAAAAGGCAGCCCAGGUCCAAGUGGUUUCCCUGGUGACCCCGGCCCCCCUGGAGAGCCUGGUCCAGCUGGCUUAGACGGUUUACCGGGUGACAAGGGCGAUGAUGGAGAGGCUGGUCAGGCUGGUUCACCUGGACCAACUGGAGAAUCUGGUCCUGCUGGACCACCAGGAAAGAGAGGGCCUCCUGGACCUGCAGGACCUGAGGGAAGACAAGGAGAGAAGGGAGGCAAGGGAGAGCCUGGGUUAGAAGGUCCUCCUGGAAAAACAGGUCCCGUUGGUCCUCAAGGAUCACCCGGAAAGCCAGGUCCUGAAGGUCUCAGGGGAAUCCCUGGUGCUGUCGGAGAACAAGGUCUACCUGGUGCCCCAGGCCCAGAUGGACCUCCCGGACCUAUGGGCCCACCUGGCUUACCUGGUUUGAAAGGAGACUCUGGUGUCAAAGGAGAAAAGGGCCAUCCAGGUCUUAUUGGUUUAAUUGGACCACCAGGUGAACAGGGAGAGAAAGGUGACAGAGGCCUUCCUGGUCCUUCCGGAUCAGCUGGUCCCAAAGGAGACAAUGGUAUUGCUGGUCCUGCGGGUCCACUUGGUCCCAUUGGCCCCCCUGGAUUACCUGGUCCCCCGGGUCCUAAAGGAGCUAAAGGCUCAUCGGGUCAAACUGGACCAAAGGGAGAGACUGGUACACCUGGACCUCCUGGCCCUCCUGGACCUCCUGGUGAUGUCAUCCACCCACUCCCCAUCCAGGCUCCUAUUAAGGGCCGAUCACGUAGGAACAUCGAUGCCAGCCAGAUGGUGGACGAUGCAGCUAUGGAUGCCAACUAUAAAGACUAUGAUGAUGGCAUGGAGGAAAUCUUUGGCUCACUUAACUCUCUUAAGUUGGAGAUUGAGCAGAUGAAGCACCCACUGGGCACCCAGGGCAACCCUGCACGUACCUGCAAGGACCUGCAGCUCUGCCACCCUGAUUUCCCUGAUGGUGAGUACUGGAUUGAUCCAAACCAGGGCUGCUCCCGGGACUCCUUCAAGGUUUACUGCAACUUCACAGCAAGCGGCGAGAGCUGCAUCUUCCCAGAUAAGAAGUCUGGAGGGGCUAGGCUCACUUCCUGGCUAAAGGAGAAUCCCGGUUCCUGGUUCAGUGAAUUCAAACGUGGUAAACUGCUUUCCUAUGUGGAUGCCGAGGGCAAUCCCAUCGGUGUGGUCCAGAUGACUUUCUUGCGGCUGUUGAGCGCAGCAGCCAGGCAGAACAUGACAUACAACUGCUACCAAUCGGUGGCAUGGCACGACCAGGAGCAGGACAACUAUGACAAGGCCAUCCGCUUCCUGGGCUCCAACGAUGAGGAGAUGUCUUAUGACAACAACCCCUACAUCCGCGCCUUAGUUGAUGGCUGUGCGCUGAAAAAGGGCUAUGAAAAGACAGUACUUGAGAUCAACACACCAAAGGUGGAACAGGUGCCAUUUGUGGACGUCAUGUUCAACGAUUUUGGCGGCCCCACGCAGAAGUUCGGAUUCGAAGUGGGGCCCGUCUGUUUCAUCGGCUAAGACUUUUUAACUGAGCAAAUGGAGAAAGAAAAAAAAAAAAGCAUAUUUUUGUUUU